AUGCAGAGCCAGUUGUGUUACUCCAUGAUUGAUCUGGACAUCUUCCUAAUGCAGGUCUGCACUACUCUGUUACAUCCUGCCUACCUUUUGAAUGCAUUGGUUGACCAGUCACGACUUCUGCAGGGAUUUUGUUUCCAUCGCGAACUUUUAGCUUUAACUGGGCCUCCGUCUAGGUCAGUCGACAAACAACCCAUGGCUAUCGAGGCUUGGCUUACAAACCUCUGUUGGAUUCUAGAUUUACGGAACAACCUGGGCUUGACCGAGGAGGAACUGAUGGAAAAGGAAUUAGUCUGUUUCCUGGCACCGGACUCACGCAAACGAAGUGAUCUCUCCGGCCUUCUGCCGGAUCGGUGUGGUCUUCCCUCGAACUCGACAGCGAUUGACGACUGCUUGCAAAAGGUCGCCAACUAUGCUGCACCCUCCUGUGACAACGCAUCCGGCAGUCUGGUGAGCGGACACUACUUCCUACGCCCCGAGUUAUGGCACGAAAAGUUUGAUCCCGUCUUCUAUUCCCUACGCAUAUCCAGCAGAAGAGAAAUUGCUGCUGCUAUGGAUAAGUAUCGCCAGUAUUGUCGUCAAUCGGAGAAAGCGCAGAACACUGCCAUGUUGUGGCCGCCCUAUCGUCUGCCCAGUACUCUUCCACCGCAAUUUGAAGAUUUGGACAACGUUCUGCAUAGUCGGCAUCUGCACUACCUUCUCUUCUGCCUUCUGAGUUUGUACGCGUACGGUGACCCACUUGUUACGGAGGAGAGCCUUGCCCUGGUGGUACACAUCAUCCAUCGGGCUGUAGUUGCAGCUAUCAACAUGAAGACGGCCCCUCAAUCUCAGAUGCAGGCCGGGGGAAACAAAUUGUCCGAGGAGCCUGCCAUACCCAAAAUUGAUCCCGCUCAAUGUACGGAGGCCUUCCUGCAGGCCACAAACAGGCAGGCAGAGCUGGAGGCUAUGCAGUUUGCGGAUGCUGAUGAGACGGACAACGAGGCCGAAUCGCAUACUGAUCGUACAGAAACCACGACUGCCGAGUUCAGGCCUAUUCGGCCACCCAUUCGACACCUUAAAUGGGACAUCAGCAUUGUUGCCUGUCCUUAUUCUACCAGCACAAGGAACAUUUUGGACAAUUUAACUAAGUGGAUAUCUGUCACCCGUACUCCCGCCCACACUGUCACACAGGCCGCCGUGGAAAUCUCGAAGUUAAAGUGUGAGGAUGGCUCCGUUCUGGACGCAGAGAUGCCUACAGCUGCCUCCGGAAACUGGUAG